AUGCGCUUGACUGGCGCAAUACCUCUCUCGCUUCUUACAUUUACCCCCUUAUUGGGAUCUGCUGCAGCAUGGACUGAAUUUUCCGACGCAAAUCUCGCCACACAAUCGUAUUCCCUCUUUGGUGAACGACCGCCCGGAUGUCCCGAGUGCCCAGGAUGCUUCAACUGCCAGCUAGAUCAAUACAACUGCACUCAUUUUGCGGACUGCAAUAACUUUAACGGCAAAUGCUCUUGUCCACCGGGUUUUGGAGGUGAUGACUGCUCGGUCCCCCUGUGUGGUUCGCUGGCCGACGAUUUGAACCGACCACAGCGUAAUAGCAAGACCUGUCAAUGCAAGGAUGGCUGGAAAGGCAUCAACUGCAAUGUCUGCGAUUCGGAUGAUGCAUGCAAUGCGAUGAUGCCAGAAAACCAAGGAGGCGUGUGUCAUAAGCAAGGUGUCACGGUCAAAGAGAACUUCCAGAUGUGUGAUGUGACCAACCGUGCGAUCUUGAAACAGCUUGACGGCCGCAAGCCCCAGGUGACCUUCUCUUGCGAGGCAGAGGAUGAAACUUGUAGCUUCCAGUUUUGGGUUGACCAAAAGGAGUCCUUUUAUUGCGGCCUAGACACUUGCCAGUGGAAUAUGGAAACGGAUUACAGCUCUAACACAACCCACUAUAAGUGUGAGCACUUACAGUGCAAAUGCAUUCCAGGCCGUUUCCUGUGCGGUGAAAAUGGAUCAAUCGAUCUAAGCGAUUUCCUUGAUCAGAUGAUCAAAGGCCCGGCUACUUUUGACACUAAAUCAACCCUAGAAGGGACCAAGAGUGUUUUCUCUGAGCCACAAAUGAAUGGAUUGAUUUCGGGCGUCUUUGGAGAUCCUAGCAUCUUCUUAUCAUGCGAUUCGGGAGAAUGCAUGUACAAGACCGAUGAACCGGGAUACGAGCGGCCUAUCAAGAAAAUAAACACCCCACUUAUUGCUGGCGUGAUCGCGGGGUGCUCACUGUUUGUGGUUGCCAUCAUUUUACUUGUCUGGUAUUUGUCCCGUCGCGCUGCGCGCCGAGGCUAUCUUCGCUUGUCUCUCUCGGACGAUUCAGAUGACGAAACUGCCAAACUCCUGGCAGACUACCGCCCCGCAGCUUUGUACUGGGACAAUGUAUCCUACACUUUGAAUGGCCGGGAAAUUCUCUCUGGUAUCCAAGGAGCAUCCAUCCCGGGGCAGAUUACUGCCAUUAUGGGAGCAUCUGGUGCUGGGAAAACCUCAUUCCUCGAUAUUCUGGCUCGAAAGAACAAGCGUGGCUCCGUAAAUGGAAAUUUCUAUGUCAACGGCGAAAAAAUUGACGACAAUGACUUUAGAACCAUGGUUGGCUUUGUCGACCAAGAAGACACAAUGCUUGCCACCUUGACAGUUCAUGAAACCAUCUUGACAAGUGCCCUGCUCAGACUUCCACGGGACAUGAGCCGGGUAGCCAAAGAGCAGAGAGUCUUGGAGGUGGAAAAACAGCUUGGCAUUUACCAUAUCAAGGAUCAAUUAAUUGGAUCAGAAGAAGGCAAUGGCCGUGGCAUCUCUGGUGGAGAGAAGCGCCGGGUUGGCAUUGCCUGUGAGCUGGUUACUAGUCCUAGUAUUCUGUUCCUUGAUGAACCCACUAGUGGACUGGAUGCUUACAAUGCGUUUAACGUGGUUGAGUGUCUGGUGACGCUGGCGAAAACUUACAACCGCACUGUGAUCUUCACCAUUCACCAACCGCGCUCAAACAUCGUUGCCCUCUUUGACCGACUUGUCCUUCUUGCUGAGGGACGUACUGUUUAUUCUGGUCCCUUUUCAUCUUGUCAGCGGUAUUUCGACAAUGUGGGCUACUCAUGCCCACCCGGAUUCAACAUUGCGGAUUACCUUGUCGAUCUAACUAUGCACGCCGGUGCCGCACAUUCAUCAUAUGCAGACGGAGUAGGGUCCUCUGUGGAUGGGCACAUUGGCGGCCCACCGAAGACUGCAUCUAGCAGCCUCAGGGCUGUCAAGUCCGUCACUAGUGCAUCAAUCCAGAGCAUCGAAGAAAACUCAAGCGGCGCAGAGGCAACCUGGAGGCCCAAAAACAAACGGCGUGUUUCGCUCAAGCAGCAACAAGAUCGUCAACUUUACUCCCGGAGGCAACAUAACGAGCGCCCAAUCACGCCAAAGACCGACGACGAGAGUGCUACACUGGAUGUAGCUGAAAACCAUCAACAGUGGCUGCGUCUUUCUCGUCAACAAGGCCAAGUUCCUCCCCAGAUUCUUGAUGAUCCCGACCAGCUACCUCCUCCGGCACCCGGCCAAAGCGAUCUUGACAUUCUGGUUGCUAGCUACGCUGGUUCUGACGUUUGCCAUUCGGUUCAUGAAGAAAUUACAGCCGCUGUUCAGAAUGCACAGGCUGCCAAUGGAGCACCGAAUUCCCCGAUGUUGUCGGACACUACGGUUCAUUCCAAGGGUUAUGCUCGAGUUGGUCUGGCACGGCAAUUCAUCAUUCUAUCUCAGCGGACAUGGCGUAAUCUUUAUCGAAACCCGAUGUUGAUGCUUACCCACUACGCAAUUGCCAUCCUGCUUGCGGUCCUCUCUGGCUACCUCUUUUACGGCCUCACCGACGAUAUCAAGGGUUUCCAAAAUCGCCUUGGUCUCUUCUUCUUUGUCCUAGCCCUGUUUGGUUUCAGCACUUUGACUAGCCUCAACGUGUUCUCCUCAGAGCGGCUUUUAUUUGUGCGCGAGCGUGCCAAUGGUUACUAUCAUCCGAUCACAUACUUUGCAUCCAAGGUUGUGUUCGAUAUUGUCCCUCUGAGGCUAAUUCCUCCUAUCAUCAUGGGCAUCAUCGUCUACCCAAUGACGGGUCUGAUCCCGGCAUGGCCUGAGUUCUUCCGCUUUUUACUUGUUCUGGUGCUUUUCAAUCUUGCCGCAGCCAACAUCUGCUUAUUUAUCGGCAUCAUUUUCCGCGACGGCGGAGUCGCCAAUCUUAUCGGCAGUUUAGUGAUGCUUUUCAGCUUGUUGUUCGCUGGUCUCCUAUUGAAUCACGAUGCGAUUCCCAAAUCGGCAUUAUGGUUGCAAAGUCUGUCCAUCUUCCACUAUGGCUUCGAGGCCCUUAUUGUCAAUGAAGUGACUUUCCUUACCCUGAUUGACCACAAGUAUGGCUUGGAUAUUGAAGUCCCCGGUGCCUCUAUCUUGAGUGCAUUUGGCUUCAACACUCAGGCCUAUUGGAGCGAUGUCAUCGGGCUGGCUGUCAUUUCCGGCGCCUUUAUCAUCAUUGCAUACAGUGCAAUGCAUUUCCUACUUGUUGAGAAGCGAUGA